GGUUAUUAGAUGAGAAGAUGAGAAAAAUUUAAGACUCUCAACUGUACUCUUCACGUACAUCUCUAUAAAACCCUCCACUUUUGAUCACCAGAUCAGUAUCAUCUUGGAGUAGCUUGCUAUCAGAACUUGGCAAGAUGGCUUCUAAAUUGCUUCUUCUUUUGCUUUUUAGUGCUCUAGUUUGCUCCACCAGUGCUAGGAAACUUGUAGGUACUGAAAAGGGUUCAUUUGAGGACGAGAAAAAUUUGUUUCACCGCCCUGGGUUUGGUGGUGGAGCUGGAGGAGGUGGUGGGUUUGGCGGUGGAGGUGGUGGUGGGCUAGGUGGUGGAGCUGGAUUUGGUGGGGGUGCUGGUGGGGGGGCUGGAGGUGGAUUGGGAGGAGGUGCUGGUGGGGGUGGUGGAUUUGGAGGUGGUGGAGGGGGAGGAGUGGGUGGCGGUGCUGGCGGUGGGUUUGGAGGUGGUGCUGGUGCUGGUGGUGGCCUUGGAGGUGGAGCUGGAGGUGGAGGAGGAUUUGGAGGAGGUGGUGGUGGCGGACUUGGUGGUGGAGCUGGUGGCGGGUUUGGCGGCGGCGCUGGUGGCGGGUUGGGUGGCGGAUUUCCUUAAAAGAAUUAAGAUGUUGCUAUUCCAAAUAAUUUACUAUUGUUACUAAUGUGGGUUUGGAGGCGGUACCAUAUGUUAAGACAACCACUCAAGAUGUAUCUCUGUUAUGUUCUGUCGCUUAUAUAUGAAGUAUUUCUACUUUCAGCUUUAA